AUGGAAUCGUUGUGUCUUGACAUUGAAACCGGCUUGUGCCUCACACCCUCAGAACCUGACCUACCUGUUUCCGGUGAUUUUGGGGAGUUCAUGCUCUCUCGCUUAUCCCAGUCAAAACGACCAGACCAUAAACAUCACUGCGCUGUAAUCGACGAGCUAUCAAAAGCGUUAGCAGAAGGUAAUCAUAGUCAGACACCUGUGGCUUACUUCGCCGCCACGUGCAGCUCUCUAGACAGCCUCUUGUCUGCUCCAGAUGUUGAACCACCUAUGGAAGUAGUCCAGCCACAUGUUGUCAUCCUCUCCCUUGUGUUUCCUAAAGUCUCAUCAGGAGUGUUAAAGAGGAAUGGGUUGGCUUUGCGUCUCGUCCUCAGCGUCAUGCGUCUAAAAUCAGCCACACCUGAGUGUUUAAUUUCCGCAUUGAAAUGUUUAGUUCAUCUGCUUACAACCAUUGAGUCAGUGAUGGGGAAUGAAGUCUCUGAAGCACACAGUGUCUUGCUGAGUCUUGUAACUCAUUCAGACGGAAAGGUAAGAAAGCUAGCGAAUUCGUGUCUCCGUGAUGUCCUGCAGAAAACCCAUGGUACAAAGGCCUGUCAAUCAGUGAGUGGUACUAUUGCAGAAUUGUUUCAGAAAUAUUUAGACCUCGCUCAUAAGUCAGAAGCACGUUCUGCCGAAGGAGCCAGGGGUGCACAGCAAGUUCUCUACCUUCUCAGCACUCUAAAAGAAUGCUUGGCCUUGAUGUCGAAGAAACAUGUAGCUACUGUCAUUGAGGGAUUUAAGAUGCUGAUGGUUACUCGCGAUGCAUUCAUUACAAGGCCAGUGAUAGACUCUUUUUAUGCGCUUUGUCUCAAUCCAACAUCUGAGGUUCCAGUUGAGGCGCUCGUCGAAGUGUUGUACCAUGCUGCUGUACUGUUCUCGACGCCUGAAACAUCUGCUGAUGCCAUGACCUCCACAGCACGGUUGCUGAAAGUUGGGAUGAUCAGGGCUUUUUCUCUAAACAGAGAUGUUUGCGUGGUUAAGCUUCCUAGUGUGUUCAAUGGUCUGAAAGAUAUUAUUGCAUCCGAGCAUGAGGAGGCAAUCUUUGCAGCAACAGAUGCAUUGAAGAGUUUGAUACAUUCAUGCGUUGAUGAAAGCUUGAUCAGAGAAGGCGUCAACGGAAUACGGAAUUCAAACUUGGAUGUGAAGAAGUCUAGUCCAACAGUCAUUGUAAAACUCUGUGCAACGGUUGAAAGUUUGCUUGAUUACAAGUACCAUGCAGUCUGGGACAUGGCUUUUCAAGUAGUUUCGACCAUGUUCAAUAAAUUAGGGGAAGAUUCUUCAUAUUUUAUGAGGAAAACGCUCGAGGACUUAUCAUCUAUGCAAGAUUUACCUGAUGAAGGCUUUCCUUAUAGGAAGCAGUUGCAUGAGUGUGUAGGAUCAGCCCUUGGUGCUAUGGGCCCUGAAACAUUUUUAAACAUUGUGCGUUUAAACCUUGAGGUAAGUGAUCUAUCUGAAGUAAACGUUUGGCUCUUCCCAAUCCUGAAGCAAUACACAGUUGGAGGACGGCUAAGUUUCUUCACAGAUACUAUCUUCAGAAUGGUCGAAACAAUGAGCCAGAAAGCUCAACAGCUCAAGCUACAAGGUCUUACUGCAGCAUCUAUGAGUGUGGAUUCUCUCGUAUACUCAUUAUGGGCUUUGUUACCUUCAUUUUGUAAUUAUCCUGUGGAUACUGCGGAGAGCUUUGAGGAUCUGGGGCGAAUGUUGUGUGGAGCUCUUCAAUCGCAAACUGAAACCCGUGGAAUUAUAUGUACGAGUUUGAAUAUUCUGAUUCAGCAAAAUAAGGAAGUUGUGGAGGGUAAGGAAGUACCUGUUAGUGAUGCAAGUCCUGCGCUGGUACGAGCUAGUGCUCGUUAUAAUUCACACAAGGCGGCAGCUAAUUUGGAAGUUAUUCGGUCGUGUGCUCCUAAAUUAUUGGAUGUUUUGUCAAAGAUAUUUCAUGAAUCAGGCAAAGAUGAUGGCGGUUCUCUUCAGUCUGCGAUAGGGAAUUUGGCUUCCAUAGCAGAGAAAAAGACUGUUUCAAAGCUACUCUUCAAGACACUGCGAGAGCUUUUGAUAGCUACGAAAACUGCCAUUGCAGAAGAUGAAAGCUCUGUUAGUGGGAUGGACGUGGAUAAUAAUACCGCAGACAAAAAUUCUUCUUCCAACCUUAGGGCAAGGUUGUUUGAUCUGUUAGUUUCUCUUUUACCUGGUUUGGAUGGUCAAGAAGUAGAUACCGUAUUCAGUUCUUUGAAGCCUGCAAUGCAGGAUCCCAAGGGCCAAAUUCAAAAGAAAGCGUACAAAGUUCUUUCAGUUAUCUUAAAGAGUUCUGAUGGAUUUGUUUCGAAGAACCUCGAGGAGUUGCUUGAGCUGAUGCACAAUAUAUGCCAUGUCUCUGCUAAGCGCCACAAACUUGAUUGCUUAUACUUCUUGUUAGCUUAUGCAUCAAAGACGGAUGAUUUAAAGGCGAGAAAGGACAUUAUUUCUUCAUUUCUACCCGAAGUUAUACUUGCUUUAAAAGAGGUAAAUAAAAAAACAAGAAGCAGAGCCUAUGACGUACUUGUUCAGAUUGGGCAUGCAUACGCAGAUGAGGAAAAUGGUGGAGACAAUGAGAAGUUACAUGGUUACUUCAAUAUGGUGGUUGGUUGCUUGGCUGGAGAAAAACCUCAGAUGAUUAGUGCUGCCGUUAAGGGAGUAGCACGUUUGACAUAUGAGUUCUCCGAUCUCAUAGCUAGUGCUUACAAUCUGCUUCCUUCAACAUUUCUUCUUCUCCAGAGGAAAAAUAAGGAAAUCACAAAAGCAAACUUAGGUUUGCUAAAGGUGUUGGUGGCUAAAUCACCUGUUGAAGGACUACACGCAAACCUAAAGAGCAUAGUUGAAGGCUUACUAAAAUGGCCAGAAGGAACCAAAAACCUUUUUAAAGCAAAGGUGAGACAUCUAUUGGAAAUGCUCAUCAAGAAAUGUGGCACGGAGGCUAUCAAGUCUGUGAUGCCUGAGGAACAUAUAAAGCUCCUAACAAACAUCCGAAAGGUCAAGGAACGUAAAGAGAGAAAAUAUGCAGCUGGCUCUGAGAUGAGUAGAUCUCAGCAUUCAAAAGAAACUUUAUCAAAGGCCAGCCGGUGGAAUGAUACCAAGAUAUUUUCUGAUUUUGCGGAUGAAGACGAGGACAGCGAUGGAGACUACAUGGAUGGGGAGUCACGUAGCCGUAGCAAGGCUCCCUCUUUGAUGAAAUCUAAAGCAUCCAAGAAACAUCCUAGGCAGAGUCAUCUUGAAGUUAAUGAAUCAGAUGAUGAACCACUUGACUUAAUGGACCGAUACAAAACAAGAUCAGCUCUUCGUUCAAGUGAGCUUGGCAAACGGAAAGCUGACUCAGAUGAAGAAGCAGAGUUUGAUGCGGAAGGACGGCUAAUCAUUUCUGAAGGAGGGAGAUCCAAAAGAAAGGAAAUCUCUGAUGCAGAUUCGGAUGCUAAGAGCAGGUUCUCUGUGAACUCAUCGAGGAAGAACAAAAAGAGGUUAAAGACAUCAGAGUCUGGAUACGCUUACACAGGCAAAGAGUAUGCAAGUAAAAAGGCAAGUGGGGAUCUUAAGAGGAAAGAUAAGCUUGAACCUUAUGCGUAUUGGCCACUUGAUCGUAAGAUGAUGAGCCGUAGACCAGAUCAGAGGGCGGUUGCAGUUAGAGGUAUGUCUAGUGUGGUUAAGAUGACAAAGAGGUUGGAAGGGAAGAGCGCUGCGGAAGCACUUGACACUGCUAAGUUCAAAAAAUACAAAAAGAGUGGUCAGAAGAAACCAGCUGGGAAGAAGAAAAGCAAGUAAACAUGUGGCAAGUAAGCUGCUUCUCUCAAUGUUACAGAGAGUUUUAUUUUUACACCACAUUUUUGACUCUUGAAACUUUUGUCCAUUUAUUUACCUGUAAUCAAUUUUGAAUAGUAUUAUAUACAUUGCAUAAUUCCAGUAUUUAUGGAUAGACACACAUUGUUAAUUUAAGAAGUUUUUAAAUC